CUUUUAUCCGGUCGGCUGGCGGGGUGGCCAUCAUGGUGUUCAAACGCUAUGUGGAGAUUGGCCGAGUGGCUUAUAUUUCCUUUGGGCCACAUGCGGGCAAACUGGUAGCAAUUGUGGAUGUUAUCGAUCAGAACAGGGCAUUAGUUGAUGGUCCCUGCAGUGGUGUCAGAAGGCAGGCAAUGCCGUUCAAGUGCAUGCAGCUAACUGAUUUCGUUCUCAAGUUUCCUCACAGUGCUCGUCAGAAGUAUGUGCGUGCUGCCUGGGAGAAGGAAAACAUUAAUGAGAAGUGGAAAGCCACAAGAUGGGCCCAAAAAAUUGAGGCCAGGGAGAAGAAAGCCAAGAUGACAGAUUUUGAUCGCUAUAAGGUCAUGAAGGCCAAGAAAAUGAGAAACAGGAUCAUCAAGCAUGAAGUAAAGAAGCUCCAGAAGACGGCUGCUCCUCCCAAAAAAGCAUAAACUGCCUGCAGUCAAAUAAAUUCAGUUUGUAUACACC